GACAGACGAACCGCCCGACCGCGGUAACGCUUUCCACGGCCGCUGGCAACCACCCGGGAAUUGCGUUUCCGGGCAAUCACCCUCGGAUAACUUUUCUCCUUUCAUUUUUUUUCCCUUUCUUUCUUCCUUUUCUUCCGAUUUUCCAGGCGUUGGUCCCCGCCUUGCAGCGGCCGCAGCAGCAGCCAUGGAGACGCUCCGAAACAUGUUUUCGAAGCCGGACCCUCAGGCCCAGUACCGCAAAUGUAACGCCCUCCUCCGAGCCAACAUGCGCAAGCUGGACCGCGACAUCGCGGCGCUCAAGCAGACCGAGAUCAAGACCAAGAACCUCAUCAUCGCGGCCAACAAGCGGGCUCAGCGGGGCGACCCGUCGCGGCAGCGGCAGGCGCAGCGCGAGGUGCGCGACUUCGCGCGCGAGCUGAUCCGCACGCGCAAGGCGAGCGACCGGCUGGUGACGGGGCGCGCCCAGCUCGCGAGCGUGCAGAUGCAGGUCAGCGAGGCGUUCGCGCUGCGCCGCAUCGAGGGCAGCAUCCGGGCCGGCGUCGGCAUCAUGAAGGACGUCAACGCGCUCGUCCGCCUGCCCCAGUUCGCCCAGGCCAUGCAGGAGCUCAGCGUCGAGCUCGUCAAGGCCGGCAUCAUCGAGGAGAUGGUCGGCGACGUCCUGCCCGAGGACGCCGACGCCCUCGCCGCCGACCUGGAGGAGGACGAGGAGGCCGAGGGCGAGAUCGACAAGGUCCUCGGCGAGAUCCUCAAGGACCGCUUGGUCACCGCCGGCACCCUGCCCAGCGUGCCCCCGCCACAGAAGCAGGUGCCCGCUCAGCAACAGCCCCUCCAGCAACAGCAGCAGCAGCAGAAGCAGCAGGUGGAAGAGGAGGAAGACGAGGAAGAUACGGAGGCCAUGAUGGACCAGAUGAGGAACCGGCUGGAGGCUCUGAGGAGUUGAAGUCGCUUGUGAACGCACGCGUUAGAUCCGGGGCCGUCGUGUCAUCGCUGAGGCUUUUGUUGUCGCUGUUUAUGGUGAUGGUGGUGAUGGAGCUUGUCGUCUUCUUCGUGCUCGGCGGGAUGUUGGCGGGCGCUAGGCGCUGGAUAUCGGGGAACCGCGGCGUUUUGGGCGUUUGGGUCAGACCACUUUGCUUGCUAUCGGUUUGGCACGUUUCUACGUCAUGUCUGGGACUUUACAUAUGCGUACUCGUCCGUCUCAUGGGGCAUACAGAUGGCCUCCUGAAAUAACAUGGGGUCGUUGCAGCUGGCCGU